AUGUCGACAACAGUAACAGUUCUGGAGCCUACCUUGCUGUUGGACACAUCCACAGUCACUCUACAGCUAUCAAAUGUCGAGAAGCCACGCCAUGUCCUGAUUCCGGAUCUAUUCUCCUCCAUCAUGGCCGUUGAGCCUACCAUCAACCCUCAUUACAAUGAUGGCAAGGCUGAAGCAGAUGCGUGGUUCAAAAGUUUGCUGCAAUUGAAAGGCAAAGCAGAGGCGACAUUCAACAAGACAGACUUUGGAUUUGCGGCCGCUGUAUGGGCCCCUUCAGCAGAGAAGGAGAGGUUUCGCACAGUCGUUGACUGGGCAAACUGGGUAUUCUACUUUGAUGAUCAAUUCGAUGAGGGGCAUCUGGCAAAUGAUCCAGCCGGGACGCAGAAGGAGAUUGACUCCAUCCUCGCGAUUCUGGACGACAAUCACACAUUUAGCCAGGCCGAUAAGCCUCUCAUAUAUGCUUUCCAAACUAUCUGGGACAGAAUAAAAAGGGGUGCUACACCAGAAGUACGAGAACGCUGGAAGGAUGCCCACAAGAAAUAUGUCGAGGGAUUAAUCUAUCAAUCAAAGCGGACAAAGCUAGGUUUUGCUGCCGCCUCAACCGUGGACGAGUAUAUGAGCUACCGAAGAGAAACGAUCGGAGUGGUGUUGGCUAUUCGGCUGGUGGAAUACGCUGAGAAUAUCAAGCUCUCUCAAGCUCAGAUUGACCACCCGGCACUGCAACUAUGCACUCGCACGAUAGUAGAUCUAGUGAUUCUUUCAAACGAUAUCUUAUCGUACAAGAAGGAAGUCGAGUUGAACGACGCUGGGAACAAUCUCAUCACGAUACUCAAGGCACAGCACCUCUCCGAUCAGGAAGCAAUGGACGAGAUAGGCAGAAUGCUCGAUGCCUGCUACGAGACUUGGUACAGGGCAGUAGAGGAGCUGCCAGCUUGGGGAGAAGAAACCGACAGAGAGGUGCUGAGAUAUCUGGAUGCCUGCCGCAACGUGGGCCUUGGCAAUCUUCACUGGAGGUAA